UAAUAGACCGAUCUCACCACGAGUUGCACUACGCCACCGCAGCCGCGGUGCAUGCCGGUAACUAGAGUUCUCGGCCGCGACUGCAUCGUUGCGGCUGCAUUGGUGCUGCAUCCGAGAGCUGUUUAUUGAGGACUCAUGCGUUGUAUAGAUUCACCGCAAUGGGUGGAUUCACGUGUUGCGUGCCAGGAUGCUACAAGAACAGCCUGAAGCACAAGGGCACCAGUUUUCAUGUGUUCCCGAAGGAUACGAAGCUCCGACAGAAAUGGGUGCGACAAAUAAACAGAGUCGGACAGCGCGGCAAGUUCUCACAGUUCGUCCCUACUACUGGCCACAAAGUUUGUGGCGACCAUUUUGAAGGAGGCAGAAAAUCAUACAUGGUUCGGGUGCCUACAAUCUUCCCCCUGAAACAGAAGACUGUCAAGAGCCGUCCGUUGAUACGAAUGAAGCCUGGUGAUGCAACUCACUCGCAACAGCCAGAUUCCCCUGCACCCUCACACGAGGCCAGCUGUGACGAUGGCCUUACUAACAGCAAUGGAGAAGAGCCAGUAGAAGUUCAGCAGGACUUAUUUGCGGAACACUCCUAUGCAUAUGAUAAAGGAGACGAACGUGAAGUUGUCAACAGGCUGAAGGACUCAGUCACACAGCUUGAAGAAAAGCUGGAAGAGGCAAAUGCCACAAUUGCAGCACUCAGGCAGCAGCUAGAAGACAGUAAAAAAAGCAAUGGUGAAACAAUGAAAUUCUGCAACACGUUACAACAGAAAAACAGGUUUGGAGUGUCAACAAGCACGGUGUCACGUAUCUGGAUAACCUGGCUUGACUUCCUGAACAACAAGCUUCGCCGGGUGCCAAUAUGGAUGCCGUCCCAGCUGUGCGACAAAUACCGACCUCAGGUGUUCCUCGCGAAAGGCUACGACACUGUAGAUGGAAUAAUGGACUGCACAGAGAUUUUCAUCGAGACACCGUCGCCAUUUCGGGUCCAAAACCUAGCACCUGGACGUCUGUCUGACAAGGCCCUCACCAACUCCUGUAAUGUUUUAGAUAAGUUUUCUCCAGGACGGAGCAUAAUGGCAGACCGUGGCUUCACAAUCCAAGACGAGUGCAAGGCACGAUCGCUGCAUCUGAACAUUCCACCUGUCAUGGAUGGAAGGCCGCAACUCUCCGAGAAAGAUGAGGAAGAAACAAGACGCAUAGCAAGAUCACCUGCAUCUACAUUAGUGGCUGUCUGUUAG